GUACCUCCACCAAGAGCUGGAGUGGGGUGGUAUGGGGUGGAGGGAGGCCUGGGUGAAAAGCCUCUGUCAGACAGGGCACCAGCCACAGCAUCCCCAGUCUCCUGGAGCCCUCAGCCUCGAAUGGCACCUCCACCUCGGAAGUCCAACUAGAGGAAGUGGGGAGGGGUGUUUUUCCUCUUGGGCCUGCCACCUCUCCCACUGCUCUCCAAAGCCCCUUAGCAACCAUGCUUCAGGCAGGCUCACAGAAUCCAGAGACCCUUGGUAACUGGGAACAGCUGACCUUCCUCAGUUCUUAUCUUAUUUGAUCUGGCAAAUUAAACAGAGCUGGCCAGUGUGGACCCCAGAGGCUUCGGGAAGGAGAAACUGGGCCCUCUGGUUUAGUCCUGGUUCGACCCUUCUGUCCCUCAGCUUAAGUCAGCCCUCGGCCAAGGUCAUAGUCGUAGCAGCUCGUACAGAAAGAGAACGGUGCUGAGUGUUUUUGUGUACAUGACUCCAUUUAAACCUCAACGACCCUGGGAGGGAGGUAUUAUUAUCAUCACCAUUGUACAGGUGGGAAAACUGGGGCACGGGGAGGUUAAGUAACUUGCCCAAGAUCAUGUAGCUAGUAAGAGGCAGGCCUGGAAUCUGAACCAGCUAGCCUAGCUCCAGCUAGUCCAUGCUCUUUACUACGCUAUGCUGCCUGUCAGAUGGGGAAACAGGCACAGAGGCUGACGUUACUUGUCCAGGGCCACACAGCUAGCAAGUGAACGUGAUGACAUUUAAACCCAGGUAGCCUGCUGCCAGGAGCCUGUUCCUGACCCGGAAGCCAUCCUUAUGACCCUCCCCCUCCCACAGUCACUUGGUAUUUGCUAGAAUCAGUAGGCAAGAGCACUGGGGUGCCCGAGGACACAUUUCUCCAAGAAGAUGGCCUCCCUGGGCCCAGAGCCUCUGCCCUGACGGGGCCAGACCAGCAGCGCGGGCACUGUCUCUGCAGGGCCACCACGCAUUGGCCUCCUGCCUGGCCCCGACCACUUCCACUCUCCAGGGUGGAGCUGACCGGCGCUGAGAAGGAGCCCCGCGUCUCCUGGGCUGUCUGCAGGCUGUGACACGUCUUGCGCUCCUCCCCUCGCUCAUUUGCCUGAUACCGGCCAUCGCCAUAUUUUAAGGCACAAGUGUGCACACUUACACACACAGUCUCCUCCACUAGGGUCGACCGAGUGUUUUGCCCUCACCAUGCUGGGAGGAAAAGAUCAAAGGAGAUGGAGAGGAAAUCCAGCCACUGGGAGUCAGCAGAUGUGCUGAGGUCACCAGAGAGCCCUGAUGCCUUGGGAUCUGUAGUCAACAGCCCUGAGAACGGAUAGAAUGGAUUAGAAAGGGGUUCUCCUCUAAACAGAACAAGAGUGUCCUCUGCCUGUGUGGGCCCUGCGUAGUCACUGAGCACCUUCCCUUGGCCCGCAGAUGACCUUUAUGGAGGAAUGAUUGCAUGUCUCCAACAAAUAAGCCCUGCUUGCCACUGGCUCUGGCCUUGAAAAACAUGGACUAUGAGACGAUAACCAUCAACCUCACAAAGGAUGGGGGGCAGCAGUUCUCUGAAGAAUUCCAGGCCCUGAAUCCCAUGAAGCAGGUGCCAGCCCUGAAGAUUGAUGGAAUCACCAUUGGCCAGUCACUGGCCAUCAUUGAGUACCUGGAGGAGACCCGGCCCACGCCGCAACUCCUGCCUCAGGACCCAAAGAAGAGGGCCCACGUGCGCAUGAUUUCCCACCUCCUGGCCAGCGGCAUCCAGCCCCUGCAGGAAGUUGAAGCAGACAGACAUCCAAAUCUCCUGAAAGCCAAUCCUAUGUGCCUCCCCCAUGCUGCCCUCCCCAACCCUGUGUCACACUCCCUCUCCUCACAAGGGACCAUGUCAGGGAGAAGCAUUGGAUGCAAUGGAGAGAGGCCUUGGGUUGUGCCUCCACCCUUACACAUCUCUGCCAGAGGGAUAGGGGCCACGAGGGCAGCCAGAGAAAGUGGCCUCUGGGAUCGUCACCUCCCUUCCCCCUCAGGCCCCACAGGGUGGGAGCUCACAGGGUCCAGGGUAGGACAGGUGUACAGCCAGGGACACACGGGAACCAAGCUCACCUGAGGGGACUUGGCUGAGUGCGCGGCUCAGCCUGGCUCCCAAAGCUCAUCCCAGAUUUUUCUUGGGCU